CGGGCCAAUUCAAGGAAAGGUGCUAGUGUACCGGCAUCCAGGUUUACAUUUUGGUGAUGUUCAUGUUUUGAAGGCCACCUACGUGGAUGAGUUGAAAGAAUUUGUUGGAAAUAGUGGCUUUGCUAUAUUCUUCUCUCGCAAAGGUUCGCAUUCAGUAGCUGAUGAAAUGGGUGGUGGAGAUUUUGAUGGCGAUCUAUAUUGGGUCUCAAGAAACCCUCGGCUUUUAGAAUGUUUCAAACAAAGUGAACCUUGGAUCGAUACUUCAUCAACGCCCAAAGCUGCCACAACCUUACCACCAAGUGCGCUUUUGCCCGAUCAUAUAGAGGAUGCGCUCUUUAAACAAUUCUUGACAACUAGGUUUGAACCGAGUUUUGCGAUGAGUACGGCUUCUGACAACUGGUUGGCUUAUAUGGAUGAAUUUUUGACCAUGAGAGAUGGUCAUGAGAAAACCCUUACGAAUGCAAAAAUGCUGCGGUUGAUUGAUUUAUACUACGAUGCUUUGGAUGCUCCAAAAAAAUGUCGAACGGUCGAAAUCCCCAAUGAUUUGAAACCGCGGUUAUUCCCUCAUUACAUGGGUAAGCCCAAAUCGUACAAAUCAACUUCCAUUUUGGGAUCAAUUUAUGACGCGGUGGAGGAAUAUCAACCGGAAGACACUUCUGACAAAGUAGUGGAAAAACUUCCGUGUUUCGAUGUUGAAGACCUCUCCGAGCAGUGCUUGAAGAAGUGGUACGAACUCAGUACAGGAGUGAAAUGAACUCUGUCUUGCAAUACGAUGACAAAGAGGGCAAGAAUCAAGCUGCUGAUAAGAUCAUAAGACGGUAUAAAGAGAUUCUGUAUGGCUGUGAGGACUUCGAGAAGAGCACGAGGCCCUUGGAUGAAAUAUUCAACGAGGCACUCGCCAUAUAUCGUUUCGCGUAUGACUACGCUUGGAAAGUAAAAGAUGUAAGGAAAUGUGGGUUUGCAUGGAGAGUUGCAGGUUCAGCUCUCUGUAAGUAUUACAAGACCAAACACGAGGACCGCACGUUUGAAGUCUCGUUCUCUGUUCUCAAGGACAUCCUCUAAUGAAAGGGGUACGGGGCUCAAGAUCCUCGGCUGAAAUAUUCAUCUGAGGACCGAGGCACCCCCGUUAUGUAUAGUCUCUGUAUAACUUGUGAACGUGCUUGGAUGCAAGACGUGUGCAAGUAAAUGCUGUAUUAAU